CGCUCAAACUCAUGAAGAGUUCAGCUGGAAGUUGAGAACAAGGCUUUGAAACCAGCAGCAGUUUGAGUCCAUUCUGAUGAUCCAUUCAGGUUUCUGCUACAACAAGCCUUUAUUUUGAAAGAGCCAGUGGGGCAGAAACAAUAGAAGGAGGAGAUUACCAACCCCCCCUGGAAUGUUGCCCCCUUUGCAGUGGACUAGUGGGGGCAGGGACGGCUGAACCAAUCACAGAAGACUGUUGCAGCUUUCCCUCCAAAAGUCAACCAAUCAGAUGUUGUUGUUUGGAUUCUUUGUCUUGAAGUUUCACAUGUGGAAGCUUCCAGAGUCUUUUCUGUUCUGGUCUGCAGGCUGAGCAGAACUGACUCCUGCAGGAUCACAGGAACUUUCAGGAAAAUCUCCAAACAGGAGAAAAGUUUCUGUUUGGACCUUUUUUCUGUGAUUGUGAGACUAGCAGAUGAUCGAUCGGAGCUGCAGUGAAGAGGACGGCGGUGUUUGUGGGAGUUGGAGCUGAAGAUCGGAGCAGGAACCAUGUCUUCAGAACCUCAGGAAGGUUCUGUCAGAGAACAACUUUCUGCUGCUGAAGGAACCAUCGUCCAGAACGAGGAGGAGUUCUGUCGUCAGCGCAGACUGCUGGAUAGCAGCUGGAACCCGCAGCUUCAGCUGCACAUAGUUGUCCUCCCUCAGCAUUAUGCGAGUGAAGAGGAUUUGUGCAACCAACAGAGCAAUUUAAGAAUGGAACAGGGGGAACCAGAACCUCCACACAUUAAAGAGGAACUGAAGGAACCAAAACCUCCAAAGAUUAAAGAGGAACUGAAGGAACCAGAACCUCAACAAAUUAAAGAGGAACAUGAAGAACCAGAAACUUCACAGAUUAAAGAAGAACAUGGAGAACCAGAAACUUCACAGAUUAAAGAAGAACAUGGAGAACCAGAAACUUCACAGAUUAAAGAGGAACUGCAGGGACCAGAACCUCCACAGAUUAAAGAGGAACAAGUGGAACAACAACUUCCACAGAUUAAAGAGGAGCUCUUCAGCCAGGAUGAAGAGAAGCUUGAUCUGAAGCAGGAGACUGACACCUUGAUGGAAAUUCCUACUUAUGAGAAAGAUGAGAACAGUGAAGCAGAUCUAAAGAAUCAGCAGAGCUUUAAUGUAACUGAUAGUCAAGAUGAAAAAGGAAACCAACAUGAAAAAUCAAAAUCAACUACAAAUGAAGAGACAGACCCACAGAACAGAGAUCAGAUGUGUUUUAUUUUUUUAUUUCCUCUCAAAACAAACAUGACACAUACAAGAAAAAAGGCUUUUCCUUGUAAAGAAUGUGACAAAAGUUUUAAGUGUAAAUCUCUUCUCCAAACACACAUAAGAAUUCACACAGGAGAAAAGCCUUUUUCUUGUGUAGAAUGCGAUAAAUGUUUUAGUAAUGGAUAUGGUCUCAAAUCACACAUGAGAACUCACACAGGAGAAAGGCCUUUUUCUUGUAAAGAAUGUGACAAAAGUUUUAGUAAUUCAUCUAGUCUCCAAAAACACAUGAUAACACAUACAGGAGAAAAGCCUUUUUCUUGUAAAGAAUGUAAUAAAUGUUUUAGUUAUGCACAGAAUCUCAAAUCACACAUGAGAACUCAUACAGGAGAAAAACCUUUUUCUUGUAAAGGAUGCGAUAAACGUUUUACCAAAUUAUCUAAUCUAAAAAACCACAUGAGAAUUCAUACAGGAGAAAAGCCUUUUUCUUGUACAGAAUGUAAUAAAAGUUUUAGGGAGUCAUCUAGUCUCAAAAAACACAUGAAAACUCACGCAGGAGACAAACCAAAAAUUUAAUCAAACAUCUAGUUUCAAGACACACAUGAAAACACUUUAAAACAACUGCCCGUUUCAUGUAAAGAAUGUGAUAAACAAUUGUAAACAACAAGUGUUUUUCUUAUACAAAAUGUAAAAAAAAGUUAUACUUUUUAUUUCAUCUGAAAAGACAUGUGACAACUUUUUUUGAGUAAACAUUAUAAAACAGGUUUUAGCGAUGUAUUUAGACUCAAAUCACCCUUUUUUGUGUCAAGUGUUUGAUAAAAGUUUUAGUUAUGUAUUUGACUUUAAAAAAGAGAACUCAUGCAGAAGAGAAACUGACCUGAGGUUAGCUAUCAAAGCAGCCUGAUCUUUCAUUAAAAUGCAUAUUGGCUGAUCAUGGCCUCCAUACCACAAUGAUGCAGUUAUCUAGUAACAGGGAGGCAGUUUUAAUUAUUAGAUGCAUUGAAUUGAAAGUUUACUGAAAUCUGACAGGAGUGCUGAAAACAUUCUUUUUUUUCUUCUGACUGAAAAUUGUAAAAUUUUAAGACAUUAUUUUUAGGUGUUUGUCAUCUAUAAGCCACUAUGCUCACCCAUCUCAAAUCAGGGAUUGUGUAAUGAUUCUAAACAUGAGUUUCACUUUUUAAGAUAUUUAACUUCAUGAAAUUCAUUAUUUUAGUUAUACUUCUGAAUAGAAAUGUGUUGGUUUGAAUUAUGAGGGUAAGAUUUGAUUUUAGAGAAAUUUUGAGAAUGUUCAAUUUUUGUUGGUUGAUUUUUCUUGGUAGAUUUUUGUACUUUAUGAUGUUGUUUAAAGUUUUUGAGUUAACCCUUGUGGUUGUUGUUUAUGUAUGGGACACUGACAGACGUAGUGUGUAUUAAUCUACACUGUGGAAGCCGAUCUGUUUCUUCUGCAAAGUGCGUUAAUUUCUCAUAUUGCACACUUUGAAGGCCAUUAACCUGCUUAUACCAUGGUCACUUACAAAAGAAAUAAAUAUUCAAUCCGUUUUCAGUACUUUAUUCUUGUUAUUUUUGGGAUUUAAAUUGUGUUUUUUUCUCAAAAAGUGGACUAUUUGUUACGUGAUGUGGCACAUUGUCAUAACGCACCGGAGGGGCCAGCACUGACUUUGACUACAGCUGCAAAGGAAAGGGGUAUCUGUGCCGACCGUCGCGAUGUGUUAAAUAAAAUCAGUUUAGAGAUAAAGUUCACCUCUUACCAUUUGUUUUUGUCCAGACGAUUAAGCUAAAGGUUGUGGUAAAGAAGCCAGCGCAUUGAUGUAGAACAUUAAAGCUAUGUGACGAGAACUUCUUUUUAGACGUGCAGUUAUCACUUUGGAUUAUCACUUUUUAAUCUAUACCCAGCAGCCAAUCAGAAUCGAUUAUUUACCCGGACCAUGGUAUAAGAUAAAACAAUGUUGCCUGAGUCUGUGUGUUACCAUGACGAAACCAUAAUUAUUUUAUAUAUCUCUAGAUCUAAUACUAUGUGGUUCAUGAACAUUUCAGUAUUGUUUAAAAUAUAAAAUUAUAAAGAACCAGACUGGUGUUUGUGUCUGGUGUUCUUGUGAUUCCUGUUUUCUUGUAGACAUUAGAACUGUUCCUCUGUUCUUUUUGGUUCUCAGUGCUCUGUUCCAAUCUUUACUGUGAAGAAUAAAGUGGACGUGAACAUCA